AUGGGUUCCGGCAUUCUCAUAGCUGCCCUGCCACGGAUUGCUCAGGACGUCGGCAUCUCUGAAGGCCUCAUCCUUUGGCCUGCAGCCGUGUAUGCCCUUGCCGCUGGCUGCCUCCUCCUCAUCUUUGGCGCAGUCGCCGACGUGAUCGGUGCCAAGUUGAUGUGGGUAGUUGGGAGUUUUCUCUACGUCGCAUUCACAAUAGCUAUUGGCGUUGCCACAUCCGCGAUUCAGAUCAUUCUCUUCCGGACCUUUCUUGGUGUGGCAAUAUCCAUGUGCCUGCCUACUGCGGUCAGCCUUAUCACCUUUACCUUUCCCAAAGGCUCAUGGCGCAACACGGCGUUUGCAAUGAAUGGGAUGGGCCAACCGCUUGGCUAUGCGCUCGGACUCGUUCUUGGUGGCAUUUUCACCGAUACCAUCGGCUGGCGGUGGGCUUAUUUCAUGAUGGCCAUCAUUAAUUUUUGCCUCUCCACAGCCUCCAUCUGGUCAUUGCCAUCAGUUCAUCGUCACGCGGAGAAGAAAUGGACUCGAAGACUGCUCGAAGAUAUUGAUUGGGUUGGAGCCAUAAUCCUAAGCGUCGCUCUCGGAUUACUACUAUAUGUACUGGCGAUGACAACAUCUUCGUAUCGACAAGUUGGAAGCCCACACAAUAUUGCUCUCCUUGCCGUCUCCGGUACCCUACUGGUGACAUUUCCAUGCUGGAUGCACUUUCAAUGCAAAAGAUCAAAGCCCGCACUCAUUCCAAAUAGGCUUUGGCAAAAUGCCUCCUUUACUUCUAUAUGUAUAUCCGUCUUUUUCUGUUGGGCGUCUCUCAACGGGAUUGAAUACUUUACUACCCUCUAUUUCCAAAAGGUCCAGGGGCUUUCAGCUCUACAAGGCUCAAUACGAUUCAUCCCCCAUGUCAUCAUGGGCACAGCUGUUAACAUUGCAACUGCUUACCUUGUUUCCCGAGUCAAAGUGCAAACCCUUGCGGUCGGCUCUGCCAUUAUCACAAUGGUCGCUCCAGUGCUUAUGGCAACCACGCAAAUCGAUGAGAACUACUGGUUCUCACCUUUUUGGGCUCUGUUUCUCUCGCCUGUAAAUCCAGACGGCGGCGUCUUCAACGAAGUCGCACAAUUUGGCAAUUCUGUGGGCCUGGCUGUAACUGCUGCCAUUGCUGCUUCUGUAACGGAGCACUCAGGUGCCAGAAACCACAAGGAUGCGCUGCUUGAGGGAUAUCGGGCUGCUUUUUGGACUAUCUUUGCUGGCACUAGCGCUGUGGUUAUUAUUACCUUCUUCGGCCUCAGAAAAGGGGGUACUGUGGGUAAAAAGGACGAAUAA